AUGGUUAUGGCUAGCGAUUUCUACCUGCGCUACUACGUAGGGCACAAGGGCAAGUUUGGGCAUGAGUUUCUGGAGUCCGAAUUUCAGCUGGAUGGAAAGCUUAGAUAUGCCAACAAUAGCAAUUACAAAAAUGAUGUCAUGAUCAGAAAAGAGGCUUACAUGCACAAGAGUUUAAUGGAAGAACUGAAGAGAAUUAUUGAUGACAAUGAAAUCACAAAAGAAGAUGAUGGUUUGUGGCCUCCCCCUGACAGGGCUGGCCGACAGGAGCUUGAAAUUGUAAUUGGAGAUGAGCACAUAUCUUUUACCACAUCAAAAAUAGGUUCUCUUAUUGAUGUAAAUCAGUCAAAGGAUCCUGAAGGCCUUCGAGUAUUUUACUAUUUGGUACAAGACUUGAAAUGUUUAGUUUUCAGUCUCAUUGGAUUACACUUCAAGAUUAAACCAAUUUAAAUUGUAUGUUUUUCAAGCUGUUUGUAUAUUUAAUUAAGGGAUGGGAGGGGUUAUUUGUCAUUUACA